AGUUGUUUCAGCAUGGAUCCUACGGAACGACUUAACAGUGAAGCAUUAUUAAAACAUCCAUACAUGGAAAUGCAUGGCAGAAAUCCACAAUAUUAUCAUGGUGAAUUGAAACAAGUAUCUGGUCCAGGUGGAGAUGGUUAUAGCAAUAAUCAUGGAACGAAGAAAAAAGUUGAACGUAAUUUCCUUCAAAAUUCACAAAAUAAACCAUUCAUAAUAAAUCAAAUUAGUACAAGCACAUUGGUGCCAAGACCGAAAUAUCAACAACAACAACAACAACAACAGUCAACUGAUAGAAAUCAAACAACUGGGACACCAAGAAAUCAGUCUAGUUCAAUUACACCAACAUAUUUUGCUCCUACUAGUAGUAGUAGUAUUACACCAAGUUUUAAUGCUGGUCGAACAAAUUGGUUUGUUCCAGGUGUUGUUGGUCAAAGUUUAUUUAAUGUAAGUAAGAAUGACUCAUACAAAAAAGAAAAUUACUUAUCAGUUUGUCAUCAUCAUAUUAUCAUUAUGAAUUUGAACUUUAGUAAACUUUUACGCAUUAACUUUAACUGUUGCUUAAAUGUGAAUAAGACGUAG